UGGCAACGUGUUGUCGUUUAUCGACGAGGAAAUUUGAAAAUGGCGGCGAAGACAAUUGAAGUGUCAAAAUGUUACCAGUUUUUCGGCUGUUUUUCGACUGUUUCAGCUAACCAGUAACGAGCAAGAGCAUCAGCUGUUGUGCUGAAGAUGGAGCCCAAUGACAGCAGGGGACAGGACACCAUCCUCUCCAGGGUGGCCCUGAAUGAUAACAAGGCAGGCAUGCAAGGUCUCGACAAGGACAAAAUCAACAAGAUUAUUCUCGAAACGUCCAAGGGAUCCAGAUUUUAUGAGAACGAACUGAAAAGAGAGCGUCAGGUGAACCAGCGCAUCGAGAAGAUGAUGCGGUAUAAAGCUAAGGUUACCGAACAGCAGGUACAGAAAGCGCAAGCAGAGGUGGAAAAGCUGACUGCUGAUCUGGAAAGGAGUCGUGAGCUGGACAGGGUGAUUGUACAUGUUGAUAUGGAUGCAUUCUAUGCUGCUGUGGAGAUGAGAGACUGUCCAGAGCUGAAGAAGAAGCCCAUGGCUGUGGGAUCCAUGAGCAUGUUGUCCACUUCAAACUACCAUGCCAGGAGGUAUGGUGUCCGUGCUGCCAUGCCAGGCUUCAUUGCUAAGAAGCUCUGCCCAGAUUUGGUCAUCGUUCCACCCAACUUUGACAAAUACAGAGCAGUGAGUGAACAGGUGCGAGAGGUAUUUGCAGACUAUGAUCCUCAAUUUUUGCCCAUGAGUUUAGAUGAAGCUUAUCUGGACAUCACUGAGCAUCUGGAGCAGAGGCAGCACUGGCCUGAGUCAAUGAGAACACAUCAAAUCUGUGAAAUGAAGACCACAGGAGUGGAAGAGAUGAGUGAACUCGAGAUCAGUGUUGGAGCAGAGACAGAUACCCUGUCCCCUGUGCUGUUUGAGGACAGCCCAAGUUCCUCCCCUGUUGUCUCAGGGGCUGAUGUGAAGGUGGAGGUAUUUGGGACAAGUCCUGAAGAAGCUGUAAGGGAGAUGCGCUUUCGUAUCGAGCAGAAAACAACACUGACUGCAAGUGCUGGUAUCGCACCGAACAUGAUGCUCGCAAAAGUGUGCAGUGAUAAGAACAAGCCCAAUGGUCAAUACAGAAUUCUUCCUGAGAGAAAAGCUGUGAUGGAUUUCAUCCAACAGCUGCCUGUUCGGAAGGUCUCUGGUGUCGGGAAAGUGACUGAGAAGAUGCUAGCUGCAUUAGGUAUCAUCAGUUGUUCCCAGCUUGGACAGCAGAUGGCGAUGCUUUCAUUGCUCUUCUCUGAAACAACCUGGCACCAUUUCCUCCAAAUUUCACUCGGACUCGGCUCUACUCGCAUAGACAGAGAUUCUGAGAGAAAAAGCAUGAGCACAGAAAGGACAUUUGCUGAGAUGAGUGAUGCACAGGAGCAGUAUUCACUGUGCAGGGAGCUCUGUCACGAUUUGGCAAAGGAUCUACAGAGGGAGGGCCUCAAGGGUAAAACUGUCACUUUGAAACUGAAGAAUGUCAACUUUGAGGUGAAGACCAAAGCUUUCACAUUGCAGUGUGCUGUGUGCACUGAAGAGGAGAUUUUUGCUGCUGCUAAAGACCUUUUGAAAGCUGAGAUUGAUUAUGUCAGUCCUCUACCCCUGAGGCUGAGAUUAAUGGGUGUUCGUGUCUCAAGCUUCAUCAGUAUUGAUGAUAAACAGCCCCGGCAGAAAAGCAUUGUAGGGUUUCUGAAGAUGGCAUCAGAUUAUAGCAGUUCAGCUCAGCCAUCCAAAUCAGAAAUGGUCAGUGUGUUGGGUUCUAGUGUCAGUUCUACAUGGGAGCAGUAUCCUGAGCCCAGAAGUCCUUCAUUUACAGGGGAGACAUCUAAACCAUUCAGUAAGUGGCGGACAGAAUCUGACUGUGCAUCUGAACCUCAGCAACAGACCUUUUUCCAAAAGGCCCAUGCAAAAAGGCUGCAAAAGCAAUAUGAACAAGAAGAAACAUCUGGACCAUACACAGACAAAAUAUCUAAAUGUUUACCCACAGACUCAACAAAUAACUCUGCCUUUAUUGUUAGAACCCACAAAGCAACAGUCAAAACAGACGAAACGCAGAGAUGCACAUGGAUAAGUCAUCCAGAUACACAUGAACUCGCAGCCAAAUCUGAUUCAAAUUUGCCCACAACAAACCCAGUGUCAUAUGCAGCCCAAACAAAAACAAAGUCUGCAAAUAUGCUGCAGUGUUUUACAUGUCCGGUGUGCUUCAGUCAAAUAGAAACUAAAGACCUCUCAUCAUUCAACCAACAUAUAGACAAGUGUCUUCGCAGUGAACUAGACAAUAAGAGCAGAUCCAUGGAUGGAUGUCAGUACUUGUGUGAGGACAAGAAUUUAUUGGACAACCAAGGUGAUGCAGAAAAAGAUCAUCAUAAAGCCAUAGAUUUAAGCUCCGUAAGCAGGAAAUCAGUUUUGAAAAGAAACGAUGAAGGGCCUCACACCAGCUCCUCCACACCACUUUUUGAAAUCUGUGCACAUUCUGGUUUUAAUACACCAUUUUUUAAACGCUUUGAAAGUAUGAGAGAAAAGGGCUCUCUCGUGCCUCAUGAAACCAUGAGUGAUUCUGGAUGUGUGUCCUUCCACCAGACAGCUAGUUCAGUUGAAGUUAUUAGUGAGCCACUGGACAUGAAGGUCUCCACCUUGACAUGUCCAGUGUGCAAUCAGGCUCAGGAUACUGAUGACCUCAUUCUCUUCAACCAUCAUGUGGACAUGUGUCUUAACCAAGAAGUGCUUUUGGAGUUUAGAGAAGCCGUUCCUCCAAUGGCUCAAUCCAAUUCGAAAGUCAAAGAUCAUGAGCAAUACUCUACUGCAAGAGGAAAGAGCAAAAGACGAGGAUUGUCACCACCUCCUCCACCAAAGAAAGCCAAAGCCAUCAGCACAAGACACACCAUUGAUAAAUUCUUCAAGGGAAACAGCAAUCAUAAAUUUUAACAUGCUUCAUUUUUAUCUCUUGGGGUCUGUGUCUGUUACUCCCGCUUGCAGGUACAGACCAAGCAGUGUGACUGUCAAUGAAGUAAUGAAUAAAAA